AAGGGACCGGGAGGGGCAUCUCGAUCUCAUGCUGCUAGAUGUUCACAUGAUUCCUCUUCACUUUAUACUGUGUGUCUUCACUCGAGGGCAGGAUCUAUAAUAUUGUGAUGGCAAUCGUUGGAAGGACGAGGAAAGAGACAGAGUUACUCUGGGAUACUCUCCCAGCUAAAGUGAAGACAGCUUUGUACAAACCAGAACGCCAGCUCCUUCUUUCCAGUGAUAAGAUAUCUCUAUUACCAGUCUAUGCUAGCCGUAUUAAAUCUCUUCCUAAGUAUUAUCUCUUCAAUGACGUUUUUGCCGUUUUGCAGGGAGUUGUACUUGCAGAAUAUCCAUUACAAUGGCUCUGGGUUCAACACGUUAUUACAGCUAAUGCACUCAACCAGAGCUCUCAAUCCAUGACAUCAUUUAGGCUAAUAUUACCCGAGACACACUUAGAUUUGCAGUGUAAGGAAUUCAUUCACAAAUCUAUAUGGGUCAGCACUAUUGUUGAUGCUAUCUGCCAAGAUCUACAAGUUUCACAGGUCAUUUCUGGUAGAGGUGACCUUACGCUUGAUACCAAACUCCAGUUGAUUAGGAGUCGGGACUUUAUGCAAUACACCUUUCAAUCUUUACUGGAAAUGAAGGACGUUCGCUACAAGGGACAGUGGCUGAAUGCUAAACCACACGGAAGUGGUGAGUUUUGGCAUGAGCCCAGUGGGAAACUUUAUAAAGGAAACUUCAGAAAAGGAAAGUUUCAUGGCAAAGGUGAACUGUUGUGGUUUGCCGACAGCGAGUAUCGCAAGAAAUACAUUGGAGACUUUUAUAACGGACUAAUGGAGGGUCAAGGGGAAAUGAAGUACUCGAAUGGUGAUGUGUAUGAUGGUCACUGGUCUAAGGACAAGAGGGACGGGUUUGGUAGACUUGAAGAAGCUUCUAGAAAGAACUCUACCUAUUGUGGUGGCUGGUUGCUUGAUAAACAACACGGGUAUGGAGUCUAUGACGACAGAUUGAAACAUGAGAGAUAUUUAGGAAUGUGGUCUGAGGGUCAGAGAUCUGGCCCUGGUAUACAGGUAACAUCAACAGGUACUUACUGUGAGGCCAUCUUCACUAACGGAACAAUUGGUAGUGGUAAUGAUGGUCUCAUAUUGGAUCCUAAUGGAAGCUCCUUCAUGGGUAAACUAGGACCAGACUUCAAACUGACAGGAAAGGGAACUCUAGCACUGAGUAAUGGUGUCACUAUUGAAGGAUACUUUGGUGGUUCGUGGCAUACUAACAUUGACAUACAGCGUGCCACUCUUGUUCAUCCUAAGAAAAGAGGACUCUCCUUUGGUGUGAAAGCAAUAGAGUCAUGGAGAAACUCCUUCUCUGAACUACAGAUAGCAAGGCUUGAUGGUCGAAUUGGUACAUGUACUGUACUAGCAUCAAACAAGUGGCAGUCUUUGUUUGAGGAGUGCGAGAAGAUGUUAGGAUUUUCAGGUAAUGCUGCAUCUGAUGUUCUCACUGCUUGGAGUCGUAUUGCUGCCGGGACCUUUGACACCUAUCAAUCACCUACCAACUCACCUAUGGGUGGAUCCCCUGUACUAGCACCACUGAGAAGAGCCAGCUCCCUUAGCACUAUUCCUAAAACAGUGAGGGCCCCCGGCGAACUGAUAUCACUUGAAAGAGCUCGUGCCAUGACUUUUCAAGACAGCAAUGAAGACGAAGGCAGCCCUGCUACUAGUCAGCGUAGGACACUUGAUGAUCUUGAAGCAUCUUUAAUGCAACUAAGUAUUGAGCAUACACAUAAACUGAGGACUGGGGAUAAGAUCAAGAUCAGUGGACCAUUACACUUACAAGAAGAGAUAGCUAGUUCCUAUCCACCAGUUGGUCCAGGGCUGACAUAUUCACCUCAUGCAGAUUACAGUCCACCUCCUCCUCCUACCACCCUCCCUUCACUAGUAGAGGAACACGCAGAGCAUGGAAGCGAUGAAGGAGAGAGUUCAAAUAGUGAGAAUGCUGGUUUAGUAUUAUCAGAUACUAAUAGAGCUAUACAGAGGUACAUUGAUCAAGCUUUUAAUACACCUUCACAUCCUCUUGGGGUACUAAUGAAUAGGCUGGAGACUGUAUUCAGAGACAGUUAUGGUGGCAUUGGUGCUAAUAGGUUCCUCCUGCCUCACGCUAUAUCAGAAGUACAGUAUAUCAUCAAACGACUUCACAGCAUUGUCAGGAUUCUGUUCCCUUUUUUGGAUGGUUCUGAUCACGACGUGACUGCUAUUGGGUUAACUCGAUUGGGUGAUGCAGACCCUGACGACUACCUCUGCAUUAACUCAGGCUACACUUUGUUGCAUCCACUUGUGUUCCAGCGUAUCUAUCCAUCACUGAAGAUGCUAUACAUAUUGCAUCAUGUUGAUGAUGACAAGGAAUACAGUAGAGGGACAGACUUUCUAUCUCAAAUGGACGACGAAAGACUUCUUCAUUUUAUACAUUUUCCACAAAAUUUAUGUAAGAAGAUUUUGGGAAAAGAAGACAACACUGUUCUCGAGGAUCUAGAGAAUGCUGCUAUUGUACUCCAAAGGAUGAAUACACUAUAUGCACCUGGGGAAUUUCUGGACCUCUUCAGAGUUGCAUUUCAGCAGCUGUCAAAUAUCCAGCAGUUGUCUUGUGAUGUAUUGCUACCAUCAGUUGUGUUUAUUGUGGUAAAGGCUGGUCUCUCUCAUCUUGGAGCUUAUCUUCAUUAUUUGACUGACUUUGCUUACACUGAACCUGCUGAUGAAUAUACAUUAGUCACUUAUGAGGCAGCUUAUAACUUUAUUAGAAAACAAGGUGCACUCACUUAACGAGAGAGAAAUGGAAAUUAUUAUUAUUAUUAUGUAUGUAUGUACAGUGUUAUUACCAAAUCAUUUUUUAUCAUUCUCUAAUUUCUGUUAAGCUUUGUUAAUUCAAUAAUAAGAUUAAACAUGAA